AUAAGUUAUAAAUAUAUCAGUUAUAACCCGCGCCAUCAAAGCCGAGGGUGGAUGUCAAAAACUACUUUAUGGAGGAUUGAGUAGCACUUCGAAAGCUCUUAUCGUACGACAGGUUCAUGCACUUUGGCCGAGACCUCAGUUUGUCCUGCUUGGAUAAAACUGUCCAGACACUCCUUUUUGCUCUUCCUGACCAGACUGACAAUGUCCGAUGAUUCAUACUUUCAUUUAAAACCACUGUCCGUAUACUCGCACAUGGUGAGGUCCAAGCAGCAGUACAAUGCCAACAAACCGGUCUACAACAUUCAAGUACACAUUUCCAAUAAAGAAGCCGUGGCACAUAAAAGACGUCUACAAGACUCAUGUUUUGAUGAGACCUAUGAGACCCCCCUUAAAAGACAGUGCGUCACAAGAACAUUUUCCCCGGAUCAGGGAUAUGUUUCCGUGGACUUUCUAAGCGGGGUCCAUGAACUGACACCUCUGCAGCCGCUAAUGAUUUCAAAAGACUUCACGCCGCUUCGGUCAGAGGUCAAUCAGAUCGCGUCCCCUGUCGUGUCCACCCCUUUGUCCGAUUGCAAGAAGAACUGGAUGGUUCGGGAGAGCCUUCCUUCCCCGAUACCGGUUCUAAAAUGGGACAGAGAGGCUCCCGUGGCCGAAAUAUCGUUGCGCGCGUCUCCAGACUUCGAUUAUUUUUGCAGUCCCGUGUCUUUAGUCGGCUCUCGGUGGCCCGUGAAGGGUGAGGUCAAGGAGGUCUCGCGUGAUCUUAUCCCCAUCAUUGAAUCGGAGUCCCACAUCGCACCCCCAGAACCCGUUGUCUCUGUGAAAGAGGAAAAAGGAGUGUCUGUCAGUCAACAGGUGACUCUGGGAAAUGAAGAAACCACCGCAGAGAGCUUUGAGAGCGCGCUGCCCCUUCAGGUGAAGUCCAAGGUUGUUCUUCCAGACAGCGCUAAGACCACCGGCAGACCUGCAGUGUUUUGUGAAGAGGAGUGGGUGAGGCGGAGGAAGAUGUACGUCGAGUCCGUUAAGAGACAUAUGAAAGAGAAGGGAGCAGCAAACGGCGUCAUCACCGAGCUCCAUACUUUGAUGAACGAUGUGGCGAGUCAUCAAACCGGAAGGACGGGGCCCCGCUGGCAACACCCCUCAGACCUCACGAAAAGGAAUUAUCUUCAGUCCCAUCCGAGAUGUCAGUUAGUGUCCCUCGACGAGUGGCAAAAAAGAAACCAUCUUUCCCAUCGGCGCUUUGCUAAAGUGGCAGAUAUUUUCUACAGGAGCCCAGUGCUCUGAUUUAUUUAUUAUUUUUGUUAAUAUUUGUUGUCGUUUCAUAUCUAUUCUCUCUGUCAUCAGCAUAAAGGUGAGGAUCAUUGAUUCGUGCUGCUGGUUAGCGGCUCUCUGAGAAGUCUAAUCUGAUUUGUGUGUGUGUGUGAGAUUUCACAGUGUGUAUUUGUACUGCGCGUUUCAUCCUAAUGGUGUUGGGAGUUAUGUAAAAAGAGAUUUAUAUGUGAAUAGAAAAUGUAUAUUUGUAUUUUGGUGCUUGUAGAAUAGAAAGAUGUAAAUAGAUGCGUGGUUUGAUAUUUAUUUGUGAGCAAUUUUGAAUGAUUGAUAUUCUCAGUAAAGUUUAGUCCUUUACUCGAAUCAGCGUUUAUUCACCUUUACAGCUGCUGUAUAGUUUUAGUUUUGAUUGCCAGACAAAUUUGUCCAAUUUGCUAUAUAUUAGAUUUGCUAGUCAUUUUUCGUUGUAUAUUGUUACAGUUUGCUUUGUUGAGGGCAAACGUUGCAGUGUUUCUUUAGCUAUUUUGUAUACCAAUUACAGUUAAAUUUUUAGCAAUUAAAUGCAUAUAAAGGGACGGAUUUUAUAUUUUGUAAACAGAAAAAUAUUCUACAUUGUUACUCUCAGGAGAAGCAUGUAUGUUGUGUCCUUUUGAUUGGAGUUGUUCAUUUGUUACAUUUGCUUACUUAAAGCAGUUUUAUAAACUUUAUACAUUUAAAUUAAA